AUGACUAUAAAUCAACUAACACCUUCUUAAACUUCCAAAAGCUAUAGCCACCCUCUGAAAUUUAAUUGAUGAGGGUGAACCUAUGAUACUGACCCUAACUUCCUUUGGCAAACAAUCUCUAUGCAAGCUUGCACAGGAUAACUAAUAUCUGUAGGUGACCUACCAUCAUGACCUCAAACUUGUAUCAUAGAAUGAAAUGGCAGUGACAACAAGAUUCCUUUGCUGCAUCAAGCAAGAAGUGACAAGAGACUUGAGAAAGAGUGACACGGCCAUGUUUUGCCCAGUGUAUGGUCCUCAGAGCUGUCUUGCAGUUGGCAUUUAAUGCUGGAAGAAGGUCCUUAUGUAAUCUCAAGGUCAGUAUAUAUACUAUGCUCUUCCGUUCCCUUUGGUUUCAGUUCAUUCUCAGGACUCACAUUGAAAGCUGUAACAAGAGAAGAAAAAAUAUAAUGAGAAAAACCUGCUGUGACAAGGAAGGCCUGAACAGGGGAUCCUGGACAAGCCAAGAAGACAAGCUGCUCUCAGACUACAUUGGGGUUCAUGGCCUUGGGAGAUGGAGAACCUUACCUGCUAAUGCUGGACUAAACAGAUGUGCCAAGAGUUGCAGAUUGAGGUGGCUAAAUUAUCUGAGACCAGGCAUUAAGAGGGGGAACAUCACUGAGGAAGAAGAGGAGCUCAUUGUCAGGCUUCAUAACCUACUCGGUAACAGGUGGUCGUUAAUAGCAGGAAGAUUACCAGGGCGAACAGACAAUGAGAUAAAGAACUACUGGAACACCUACAUGAGGAAGAAGAAAGGAUCGGCCACCGGCAAGUCAAUUCCUCUGCUGAAAAAUAAAGUAGCACAGUCAUUCAAAGAAAAAGGCAAGGAGCCAGAAGUCGUCGCGAGCCAAACCAAGAGUAUCCGAGGCACCAGAACUCAUUUUGCCAAUAUCAUACCUACCGAUGCAUCUCCUGUUCUUCCUGAUCCAGUGGCCCUGUCUGAUUUCAUUGUGAAUGAUUCAACUAGUUCUCAAGGUGCGAGCAGAAUCUGUUCUACUCAGACCAUGCGAGAUUCAGUCUUUUAUCAAGCAGCUGACAGCUUGAGUGCCACUUCUUCAGCUGACUUCAAUUGUACCAGAAUCUCUAACAGUCAGUUGGAAGGUGGCCAGGGGUUGGAUCCCCUCCUGUGUGAAGAUGACGACGACGCAUGGUUUCAGUGCUAUUGAAUCCAAAUAAUCUAAAGUUUAGAUUUAGAUUCACUAAAGCGUCAAAGCAUGAACUAGAUUCAGAAAAUAAUCUAAAGUUUAAAUUUUGCUUCAGACUUAAACUACUGUUCGAACUUCGAAGUCAAAUUUUAGUACUGCACUGAAAUUGUAUAA